UUUUCAUAAAUUUUAUAAAAAUGAAAUUUAUAUUAGUAAUAAUUUUAAAUAUAUUAUUUCACGUAAACUGUACAUAUGUGAUUUCAGUUUACGGGGAUGUACAUAAAGAUACGAAGUUCUUCACAAAGACUUACCCCUGGCUUAUAGAUAACAUUGGUGGGGAGGUUGUGGUGGAUUAUUACUUGCUGGGCAGCGGCAGGUACACAGUGCCGCAGAUGUGUGCUCUCAAUGAAUUGAGGCUUAACACAUUCCUUCAGGCGCAGUUCCUGAAGUGUGAAGCUGAAGGUAAUUCUAACGACGUAUGCAUAUGUGAUACUGGAUUGGACACCGAAAGGUUGAGACAUUGCAUCAUAACUAAAGGCUCUCUGGCAAGUUUCGCAGCUUCAAAGUACCACCAAAUGGGCAUAGAUGCGAGUCCUGUUGUAGAAAUCGGUCCCAGAAACACGAUCUUCGAAGUCGAAGAUAAUUGGUAUUUGAAGAAGAUCUGUACAAUAUUUGGAGAUAAUCAACCAAGAGGAUGUAUCAAACCCUUUGCUUGUAAUUAUACAGAUACUGAAUACGAUAUGACUUGGUCCAAUCAUAUUGACUGUACAAAAUGUCACCAUUAUGAUUCACCAUUGGUGACGACAACGACAUCUACAUCUGCUGGUACAAUAUAUACGUAACACCGUAGAAUAAAUACGAUUUAUUAUUAAUAAUUUUAUAC